AUGAAUCCUAGUAAAGACUCACACGAGAAUGUUGAUAUCAAUACACCGAUUGAAUCUCAAGAAACCAAAAUUUACUAUGCAAAGCGGGGAGAAGUAAUAUCUCAUUUACCCAUAGAUGGAGCCAUUGAUGGAUUUCAAGCAGAUAGCCAAGGCGCACGCACGCUUCUCACUGCCGAAGAGGAGAAGACACUAUUAAGGCGUAUUGAUUGGCACCUAAUGCCUUUGUGCUCGCUUAUUUUCAUGUUCAAGAACUUAGACUCAGACAAUGUAUCAAAUGCUCGAAUUAUGAACCAAGGGACUCAUCAAAAUAUCAUGAAUCAACUUGGCAUGACAUCAGAUGAGUACAAUCUAGUAACGGCAGUAUACUAUUCACGAAUCAUAGUUACGUGGGGUGUUUGUUUGAUGCUGCAUGCUGCUGUACACAAUAAAGGUCGCCUUUAUGCUACAAGAUUUCUCCUGGGACUUGCAGAAUCAGGCCAGUUUGCGGGAAUCCUCCUCCAAAUGUGCUACUGGUAUCGACCAGAUGAGAUGUCGUUAAGACUUUUAUACUUUUGUGAGUUUAUCGCAGUACUUUUUUCUUUGUUAUUUCUCACCGAAGGAGCCGUAACGAUUGUGUUUGGAAUAUCUGUGUGGUUUUUACUUCCAGAUUUUCCGGAGAAUGCAAGCUGGUUGACCGACAAAGAAAAGGCAUUCAUUCAAGCUCGGCUACCUGCAAACGCUCCUCAAGCCAAUGAACAAGAUUUUAAACUUGGCGAAAUCGUAGCCUCGCUUAAAGAUAUACGACUCUGGCUAUUCACCUCAACCGUCAUUGCAAAUUUAGGAUUUACAAAUAAUGCGACGGCUCAAAUUCUCAACAUGUCCAUUACGGCUGCGUCGCUAAUUUUGAUUGGCGUCUCCGGGGUAUUUGCUGAUAAUGGCUGCUAUCCUUGGCCGCUAUAUCCUCUGGGGUGCUUUCUCACAAUUAUCGCCUGCUACGCAGUUCUCGUCGCUUAUCCAAAUAAUGCCGGUGUCUAUACAGCUACACUAAUCGGAAACAGCUGUGCAGCAGCGUGGUACCCCCUUAUGUGGCCUUGGAGAGUCCAGACGACAAGUAGAGCAACAGGCUCGGCAUUUUCGAUCGGGUUUGUAAAUUCGUAUGGCCAAAUCGGAGGAGCAGUGGAACCUCAAAUCUUCAGAAGUAAAUACGCUCCUCAUUACACAGUAUCUUUUGAUGUUGCCAUGGCCGUGGUCGCUCUGUGUAUGCUGGUUACUCUUCUUACGUGGUGGGUUACACAAACCACUGAAAGAGACACCAGGACACUCAAGCUAGCGCGCAAGGCUGCUGCAGCCAGAAAUGAGACAAUUUUAGAGGAUGUGGCUGAUGGAGAUUUGAACUAGUA